AUGGAUGGCAGAGUAAGUCUCAGCACCUCUCACUCCUUUCUCCUCGCAUCUUCUUCUCGACUGAAGCCACAUUCGCGAAAUCCAUUAUUCAAAGCACUUUUGCUCGCCAGCUCGCUUGGUUGGAGUCUGGCGGCACCUCCUCCAAGCCCCGGAUCAUACGAAGACGACGACACAUGGACGUACGGCAAGCCAGGUGUCUCGCCUGCCGCGACAACCUUCGCUAGCUACUACAGCGCCGGCAAUAGCACAUCAUCAGGAUGUUGGACGGGAAUGCCAGCGCCCGUCAUGCAGACGAUGAAAACACAGUCUAGCUUAUUGAAACCUACGAGAUCAUCCGGGCCAUGGAUUCCAAAAAUGCCACAGACUAUGAAAAGCGAUCAAAGUCUAGAUGGACCUGCCUCGUACAUACCUGUGACCGCACAUGUCGAAAACCCAAACACUAUCCUCAGCGAGCCUGCGAACAACUCUCCUACUCGAUCCACGCCCAAAGUCGAGACUACUGUCGCUCCGACCUACUUCUCACCCAGGACUCACGUCAGCGAAACAUCCUUGGACGUCCCGUCGAACACUGCGCCACCGAUUGCCUACACUCCCGUAACCGGACAUCCAGAACCAAGUCUGAACGUGCCGAACAACCCAACCCCAACACCCACAAAGCAAAGUCAGAUCCUUCCAGACGAGGCGCCGCAGCCAGGAGCCGUUCUCGUCUCCAUAGUUUCGCUUAUCAACAGUGUCACCAAGGACUCCCACUAUGUCUUUGAAGGCCAGACAAUCGCUCCUGGCUCUACCGGUGUGGUGGUGGAAGGUACGACAUAUUCUGUCGCUCCCACUGGCGGCGCUGUGGUGUAUGUGAAUGGUGUGGAGACUGCAGCGAGUGCGAUCCCAGGGCUUGACAGGGACAAUGGGGGGUCCGUAAGCGGCAUUGGUGGAUAUGGCGAGGACGGUGAAAUCACGAGUGGCAUAUCCGCUUCGACUGCGGUGUCGAUAGCAAGUGGUGAGAGUCCGAGCACGAGCACCUUCACGCCUGCACAGCAAACUACUUCUGGUGGUUCCAGAGCGGUACGGAUUUCGAGUGCUGGUUUAGGAUUGGCGAUGCUAGUCUGCAUGAUUUUGUGA